GGAGGGGGGGCGCGGGGGGGGUUGGAGGAGUAGCGUAAUAAUACCUUAGCUAAGGGAGAGAGCACACGCGCAAGCACAGGCGCAGGUUGCGUGCGUGGGUUACAGGUGAAAAUUCCGUCCGCUCACUUCAGCUGUGUGGCACAUCCAUCUAUCAUGGUUCUCGAAAACUUGAACAUGAACAGCAUUGACACAACCACUACUCGAUGGCCAGCAUCCGCGAAUCUGGUACAGGGUCCCUCAAGGGCUUGUCGCCGCCUCGGGUACGGCACCACGCUGGACAUCGUUCGGCAGAUUCGGGUGGCACACAGGCCUGACAGCCGCCAGGAGAAAAAAAGCCCACAACUCGUGCUGCGCAAUGGCGACAUUGGCUGAAGCGGGCGCUGGAGCCUCUGGAGUCUAUUGGCACCUUGGAGCCUUGAAGCCUUGAAUCUCGACGAUUCACUGGCCAAGGAAAGCAUCUUACCUACCAGAUUCGCCAACGAGAUUCCGCCGUCCCCAUCCUCUGCCCACCGCGUGCCCGGGUUUGCGGCGACCGAGCCCUGUUUGGUGCCUCGGGCCUUUUGGGGGCCAGAGGGGCUUGCCAGUCUACCGUUGUACAGUUACAAGGCUUUGUCUGGGCGUGUGUCAUACAUUGAAUUAGGUGAAGGCCUUUUACAGCCUCCACGAGUCCGUCUGUGCGCUACACCAAUAGCCGGGAGUUCUCAGCCUCGCUGCCGCAAAGAUCCCGGACGCCUUUUCGUCAUUCCCACACUAGUACCGGAAGGAUCAGGACUCCAAGGCUCGUGCAAAUUACUAUCCUGGCCUUCGUCUGGAGACGCUCAUACGACGUGAGCCUUGUCUGGGUAUCGGGUCGUGGUAUUCCACAUGGUGACUUUCUGUGGAGCUCGUUUACCGUGCCUGCGUUAGGUACCUGGGUAUGUACACCUAUCACAAGACAAAUGAGCGGCGAAAGGAAAAUCUUUGCACCAGACUCCUCUGGCUAUUUGCUGUUACCGCCAGCUAAGAAGCGAAGCGUGGCUCGUGAGCAGUCAACUGAAUAUAUUCUAUGCUAGACCCAGACAAGUCCCAUUGCAACACCUCUCUUGUCUCUCCUUCCUUUACGAUUCAACAAGUCGCCUGCUUGAUAGCCAAAUACCGACUCUGGUUCAACCAACUCUGUCUUCCCAGUCCGGUCCUUCAGAUUGCUUAUGUGAUUUGUUUCCUUGGUGUCCUGGCAUUGAUAUCUUGGAGCCGUCACGCCCCUGAGCAACAAAACAUCACCUCGCCCAAAGCACACGCUGCGUCGCCACAUACACCGGCCCGAAAGCGACAUUCGAGCCCCGAAGCGACGCCGCCAUCAUGCCGUUCUUGAAUCCGUUCAAAAGUUACGACUUGAUCGAUUUCGAAGAAGUGGUAGUGCCCCUCAGCGAUGCGCCUCGUCAUCCUAGUGUGCUGGCCGCCAACAAGAGACGAAAUUCCAUUGCAUCUUCCGCGAACGACUCUACCGUAAACAAUCAGCAGACCGAGACGGCCGAAAAGGGAGCUGCUGGGGACGGCCGCCGAAAGGAUGGCUGGACAGUAGAAGCCCUUCGUGCUGAGAUCGAGGCUGAUGUUGCCGCAUCUGGCCAUGAUUCUGCCUACGAUCGAAAAGCCAAGGUUGUCAACAAGGCCAUCCAGGAUAUUGGCAUGGGCCAGUACCAGUGGAAACUCUUCGUCCUCUGUGGUUUUGGAUGGCUGGCCGAUAACCUGUGGCUUCAAGGCGUGGCAUUGACCCUUCCAUCCCUGAGUGCUGAGUAUGGUGUCAGUGAGACCAAUGUGCGAUAUACCACUCUCGCUUUGUUCACCGGUUUGUGCUGCGGCGCUGCCUUCUGGGGUACCAUGAGCGACAUUGUUGGCAGACGCUUGGCUUUUAACUUGACUCUUUUCCUCACCUCUGUGUUUGGAAUUGCAGUUGGCGGUACCGGCACCUGGAUUCAAGCCUGCGCUCUCUUCAGUGCUCUUGGUUGCGGUGUAGGCGGCAAUCUUCCUGUUGAUGGAGCUCUUUUUCUCGAGUUUCUUCCAUUUGCCUCCGGGAACAUGUUGACUAUGUUGUCAGUUUUUUGGCCCUUUGGUCAGCUACUUGGCAGUUUGAUCGCUUGGGGGUUCCUGCCGAACUUCUCCUGUGCGUCGGAUCUACCGGCCUGCAGUGCCGUAGCCGAUGGAGUGGCAUGUUGCACUAAGAGCAGCAAUAUGGGAUGGCGGUACCUGAACUAUACCAUGGGCUGCUUUACAUUCUUCAUGUUCGUCUGCCGAUUCUUCCUCUUCCACCUGUUCGAGUCACCCAAGUUCCUUCUCUCCCGAGGUCGUCAGCGGGAAGCCGUCACGGUUGUUCAUGCUCUCGCAUACAACAACAAGACCAAGACCUGGCUUACCGAGGACAUUUUGAACGAGAUUGGCGGUCACCAUCAAGAGACCGAGGCCGAAAAAUUGACCGUCCUGCAAAUCGUCAAGCGGCAAGCUGAGAAGUUCUCCACCCACCGAAUCAAGCCACUGUUCGCUUACAAGAGACUCGGUAUCAAUACCGCCCUCUUGUGGGGUAUGUGGGCUGCCAUCGGAAUGGGUUAUCCGCUGUUCAAUGCCUUUUUACCCCAGUAUUUGACUUCGGUCGACCCGAACGCUCCGCCCACUCCGACCAGCAUCGUCUACCGCAACUAUGCCAUCACCUCCAUUGUUGGAUGCCCUGGCAGUAUCAUUGCCUGUUACACCGUUGACAUCAAGUACAUUGGACGAAAGGGCACAAUGGCGAUUUCCACCAUGCUUACCGGCAUCUUCCUUUUCCUGUUCACCACUUCGACCGACUCCAGCUUCCAACUGGCAUUCAGCUGUCUGGUUGCCUUCUUCCAAAACAUCAUGUAUGGCGUUUUGUACGCGUACACGCCAGAAACCUUCCCUGCCCCGAACCGUGGAACCGGAACCGGAAUUGCUUCCUUCUUCAACCGCCUGGCAGGUCUAUGUGCACCGAUCGUCGCAAUCCACGGCUCCACGGCGGAUCCCAAAAUCCCAAUUUACGUCUCGGGUGCACUUAUCUUGGCUUCUUUCAUUGCGAUGGCUUGUCUUCCGAUCGAGACAAGAGGAAAGCAGGCGCUCUAAAUAAGUUGCCAACCAGAGUCCAGCAUCAUUCGUUUGCCGAGGACUCCACACGCCCUGAAUUUGUCUUCACAGAACAGGAACCCCUGGAAAAGAAGCAGAUGCAUCUCUACCUAGUUGCACAAUGUGCUGUGCAGCCACGCCAGUCCUUCCAUUGCUUGACCUUGAAAAAGAGGGCAAUCCUGCGCCAAAUCUUUGAUGGCGAGGAACACAAAGGUUGUGGUUGAUCAAUUCCACACAACUGAUGGAAAUGGCGAAAGGAUGAAACCUACCUGCCAUUCUUUACCGAAUGCAUCCACCGCUUCGCAGCGACCAAAGGGCUCUGGUGACAAUCAGCCCACAGAUCAUGCAACCCAUCUGUAUGACACUCUUCUUCUUGGGCUCUAUCAUCAACCACCCGUUUCCAGCCGCCUGGAUGCGACAAGCCCACGGUGGCUAUCACCAUUUCGUCCCACUACAGCUUGACCGAUGGAAGCUGUCAACAAGACCACUCGCAGUCGUCUGGACACGACCGAGGAUAUUCAGAACAGAGGGUGGUGGAUAAGGAGAGCACUUGGACUCCCAAUCAUGAAAGUCUUUCUUGUUACGACGACGACAAUGACGACCAUUUUCCAUUCUCCUGCCCGUGGACCGAGCUCUACAGUGUAUCUUUGCAGCUGGCACAUGUGCAGCUCUUCGGGCCAUCAUUAAAUUCAAUUGAUUUCUUACUGCAUAGCGUGCGAAGAAGAAGAUGAAAACAAUGAAGAGAAGAAAAAAAUGCAUUCUUAUGGCCCGCCGGAAUUUCUCACGACCAAACUCAGCAAGCAGCAAUCUGCAGUAAACCUCCCAUCCUUUCCGCACUUCCAACGCCAACUUGAGUGUGGAGGCAGAUGGAUGCGGCUCAGGACGUCAGACAUUGGGGGGUUUGUCAAAUUUAUUCUUUGUUUCUCUGUGCACUUUUACUUUGAAAACAAAAGAGUGGGUUUGGGGAGUGAUCGGCUUGUGCCCGUUGAUGUGCUCGGGAUUCAUUGUUUUCCACAGACAUUCGCUGGAAGCGCCUCACAGUUCUCAUUUACAGAGCAGUAUUGGGACUGACUGAUUGACUGACCUGAUCGCAGACUCCAAAAAAAAUCCAAAAUAUAUUUUAAAACCAUUAAA